UGCCUACGUCACCAACCAGGAAGUGCUUGUAGAGGCAGAAUAAUCACAACAGAGCUACUACAACCAGACUACAGCAGCUCUGACAGCUCUGUGUUGAGCCGCUGAAACACGCUGCUUUCUUUCUGUUGUCACCGAGAAAGGACAUGUCACGAAAAGCCAAAGAAGAACAUUAUCGCUUCUUCACCGUGACCGACCCACGGACACACGAGAAGGGACACACCGAGUACAAAGUGACAGCAAGGUUUGUGUCCAAGCGUCAUCCAGAAGAUGUGAAGGAGGUGGUCGUGUGGAGGAGGUUCUCGGAGCUGAAGAAGCUUCACGGGGAGUUGGCCUACACUCACAGGAACCUGUUCAGAAGACAGGAGGAGUUUCCAUCUUUUCCCCGCGCACAAGUCUUUGGGAGGUUUGACGAGGCUGUGAUUGAAGAGAGGAGGACGGCUGCAGAGGCCAUGCUUCUAUUUAGUACCAACAUACCUGCACUCUACAAUAGUCCACAGCUCAAGGACUUCUUCAGAGGUGGCGAGGUCACAAGGCCCCUGGAUGCCGCCCCUCUGUCCUCUGCCGGGUCUCUGCCUCCGCCUCUCAUCCCCCUCCCCAAGCGGAGGGCCUCAGACUGUGAACCCGCAGAGGAGGAGGAGGGGAGGGAGGCUCCCACCUUACCCCAAGACCUGGGCAUCAACCUGGGCUUAGAAGUGGGAGAACCGGAGGUGGCGGCUGAGGCUUACAGCGAGAUGGUAGGCUCUCCGAGAGAAGAACAAGAGGAGCUUAGCGAUACAGAGCUGGAUGACAGAGUUCCAUCUCCUCUUCUUGACCCAUGCCCUGCCACAAACCACCAAUCACAGGAGUCCCAGGAAGAAUUUGAUUCACUGUUUGACUCUGUGGCAGAAGAGCAUGUCCCAUCCCCAAAAGAGGAAGGUCCACCACCUCUGACUGAUAAUGACUUGGCUGUCUUUGAUCCCUGCUAUAAACAAGAUAAAUCCAAUUCCUCCUGUGACCACUCAGAGUUGUUCUCCCUGCCGCCAACCAGUCUGGAUGGAGGGGACGUGGGCUACUUAAACCAAGCUGCCACCGAGCUAACAGCUGCAAUGGAGAGGGAGAAGGAGGGAGAAUUCAGCUCUGCCAUCCGUGGAUACAGGACGGCGGUGGAUAUACUGAUCACUGGAGUACAGGGAGACCCAGAUCCGAUACGCAAGGAGUCUGUGAUGAGACGGACGGCCCAGUAUCUGAAGCACACCGAGAUGUUGGUUGACAAGCACUCCUCUCCCACACACUCUCACACACCUACACACACACAUACACAGGACCCUUAGACGCACACACACGUUUUUAUACCCGCCGGUCACACACACAUGAAGACUGAUCAAAGACAAAGAAGCUCAGGGUUGUGACACACAUACAAAGGCACACACUCCUGAGGUACACACACUACACUGCAGACUGCUAUUAUAGCUGCCCUUCUGUAAUGACAAAUCUGUGAUUCAUUAAAUCUAAAUAUAACUGUUAACUUCAUGCAUUAAUGGAUAAAUGAUCCUCCAUCUCUCUUUAUCUCUUUCUCUUGUUUGAUUUUUAUCUUCCUUUUACAACAUUUUCUUGUUAAAUACAGUAAUGUGUGUGUAUAACAGUAAUUUGCAUUUUGCACAAUGUUUGUUAAUAAAUCUGAUUUUAAUUUAAGUCAA